UUCACAAGCUAAUAUUAGGGUAUUUGUAUAGCCAACACACGGAAACAAAUUGAUGCCAUAAACCACGUCAGACCUUUUCACUACUUCCAAAGGUUACGUUGUAAGAUAAGAGGGGCGGAUCGAGGUAAACGUCUACCAGAACAUACUGACACAGCAACACGAUGGAUUUGCCUCUAUUGGCUCUUCUGUCAAUCAUCCUCACUCCCUUGGGGACGGCGCAGCCGCGCGAUGACGUCACCAAGCGGUUUGACUGCUAUCCUGAGGCGUUCAACAGCCCGCUGUCAUCGGCCGACUGCAUCGCUAGGGGGUGCUUGUGGGUAGAAACACACAACCCAAGGGAGCCAAAGUGCAUCUAUGGCGACAACUACGGCUAUACCAUGGUUACCGGGAGUAGGGAGGACACAUCCAACGGCUUCAGGGUAAAGCUGAGCAGGAACAACGGCCUACCCCCGAGGUACGGAAAUUCCCCGGAUGUACAAGAGGUGACGCUUGAUGUUGAGUUGCUGUCGAAUGACAUGCUCCGGUUUAAGUUCUACGACGCGGGUACACCGCGGUACGAGGUGCCUGUCCCGGUGCACAAGCCCGACACGCCGGCCACAAACCCCGCCUACACCGUGGACACCGUGUCUGAGGACGGGAAACCUUUCGGCAUCAGAGUUACCAGGAGAGCAACGGGGACCGUACUGUGA